AUGGGAAUACCGGGCUUGCUGCCCCAAUUAAAAACGAUUCAAAAGCAAGUAACCUUAAAAAAAUAUAUGCACCAAACAUUAGCUAUCGACGGUUAUGGAUGGCUACAUAGAGCUUCCUGUGCGUGUGCAUUCGAACUCGUGAUGGAUAAGCCAACAAAUAAGUAUUUGCAGUUUUUCAUCAGAAGGUUACAACUACUAAAACGCAUGAAUAUCAAACCAUAUAUAGUUUUUGAUGGUGGAUCGCUUUUUGUGAAAAGCCAGACAGAAACUCGAAGAAAGAAGAAAAGAUUAGAGAACAAAAUAAUUGCAAAGAAGCUCUGGUUGGCCGGCGACAGAUAUAAUGCAAUGGAAUAUUUCCAAAAAAGUGUUGAUGUCACACCUGAAAUGGCUAAAUGUAUUAUAGACUAUUGUAAAACACAUUCUAUCCUCUAUAUUGUGGCACCAUUUGAAGCAGAUCCACAAAUGGUUUACUUAGAAAAAAUGGGUCUUAUACAGGGAAUCAUAUCAGAAGAUUCGGAUUUAUUAGUUUUUGGUUGUAAAACGCUUAUAACAAAGUUAAAUGAUCAAGGAGAAGCUUUAGAAAUCUCAAAAGAUGAUUUUUCAGCCUUACCUAAAAACUUCCCACUAGGAGAACUAACCGAACAACAAUUUCGUAAUCUAGUUUGUCUGGCGGGCUGUGAUUACACCAGCGGCAUUUGGAAGGUAGGCGUAAUCACUGCUAUGAAAAUUGUAAAACAAUACUCUGAAAUGGAUGAUAUCCUAACCCAAAUAAAACAAACAGAAAAGUUUCGUUUGAGUAAGACGUUUAGGAAAGAGGUCGAAUUUGCUAAUUAUGCGUUUCAAUACCAAAGAGUGUUUUGCCCUGUAGCAAAUCGUAUUACCACAUUAAAUAAUAUUCCUGGACCACUUAUAAAUUCUCACGCUGAGAAAAUAAAAAUCAUGGGAUGUAUUGGUUCCGUUGUCGAAAAGGGAUCAGGAAUACGAAAGGGUGUCAUUGACACUAAAAAUAUAGACCAUAAAGUUCAUGAAAUGAUAGCAAAAGGUGAAUUAAACCCAAUGGACAUGACUUCUAUACUUCUUAAUAGGGAGAAAAAAAUAAGGACAAGAAAUUUGUAUAAGCUAGAUUUACCCGUAGGCGAAUUCGAUUCACUCAAUAAUAAAGCUAAGCAAUUGCCAGUAGAUGCGCAUCAUAUUAUGUUCAAAAGAGAUGGUUCAUUCGGUAAUAAAAGUGCGUCCUCUUUUUUUCUAAACUCAUCGACGACAGUCACAGACGUUGUACCUUAUAUUGUUUAA